AUGGACAACACAACAGCCUUAACAUUCACAAUGACUGCAUACACUGCCAUGGAAAACUACAAACAUGGGCUAUUUGCUAUGUUCCUCCUGCUGUAUUUCAUUAUUAUCACUUUGAAUUCACUGUACAUUACUAUAAUACACCAAAAAAAGGAGUUGCAUCAGCCCAUGAAUGUGUUCACUUGCAUGUUAUCCAUCAAUGAAAUAUAUGGCAGCACUGCGUUGUUACCUGCGACCAUGGCUGUGCUCUUAUCCGAGAUGCAUGAGAUGUCUGUGAGGAGUUGUAUGGCUCAGGUUUACUUCCUACACACAUAUGCAAGUGCUGAGUUUUGUAUUUUAGCCGUGAUGGGAUACGACAGAUAUGCUGCCAUCUGUUGCCCCCUUAGUUACCACAGCAUCAUGUCUUAUUCAAAGAUAAGAAAGCUUGUUGCAUUAGCAAGUCUAUACCCCCUCAUUGUGUUUGGGUGUUUUUAUGCACUAACCAUACGGCUGAGUUUCUGUGGAAAAGUUAUUCCAAAAUUAUACUGCGUGAACAUGGAGCUGGUCAAAAAUGCAUGUUCAAAUGUUGACACAUCGUUGAUAAGCACUGUGGGACUUGUUCUUAUUCUGUUUUUUGUGGUGCCUCAGGUAUUGAUGAUUGUUUGCUCUUACGCACACAUUUCAAGAGAAUGUAAGAAAUUACCCAGAGAGUCCCAGAGAAAUGCUCUCAAAACGUGUAUCCCACAUUUAUUAUCUUUGCUAAACUAUACCAUGGGUUCUCUUUUUGAAAUUAUCCAAACUAGAUUUAACAUGAGUCAUGUUUCGGUUGAGGCGAGGAUUUUCCUCUCCUUAUACUUUAUCAUCAUUCCACCUAUUGCCAACCCUUUGCUGUAUGGACUGGGUACUCAAAUAAUAAGAGUUCAUAUACUGAAACUGUUAGUUAAAAACAGGAUAAUGCCAAGACAUUUAGUAAAGAGAAUCAUUGCAGCUUAA